AUGGUUAUACACGGUAUUUAUAUCGUAUCCAAGUCCGGAGGGCUAAUAUUCAAUCUGGAACAUAAUGUCCCUAAAAUUGAAACAGAAAAGAGGUUCACUUAUCCUCUAGACAUAAAACUAAACUACGAAAACAAGAAAAUAUCGGUUCAGUUUGGACAACGAGACGGUAUUUGUGUGGGCCAUAUUUUAUACUCCAUCAAUGGAAUAAUGAUCACAGGCAGGCAGUUGGACGAUGGCAGAGAUGCCAUGGAAGUUCUAGAAAACAGAGAAAAUUACCCAUUGAUGUUAAAAUUUGGUCGUCCGAAAAUGACGACAAACGAGAAAAUAUUUCUAGCCAGUAUGUUUUAUCCACUGUUCGCUAUUGCCAGCCAGCUAAGCCCUGAACCCAAAAGUUCUGGCAUAGAAGUACUGGAAGCUGACACUUUUCGAUUGCACUGUUUUCAGACACUUACCGGAGUGAAAAUUAUGCUGGUUGUGGACCGGAAUCAAAUUGGGUCCGAAGUGUUUUUGAAAAGGGUUUAUGAACUUUAUGCUGAUUAUGCUUUGAAAAACCCAUUUUAUUCGUUGGAAAUGCCAAUAAGAUGCGAAUUGUUUGAUACUAAUUUGAAAAGUCUUCUAGAGCAAAUUGAUAAAAAUGGAAUUGCCAGUAUUUAA